AUGGCGCAAACGUGGGAUCAGAAUGAGCUACGAGCUCGCUUCUGCCAUGCUCUUUCAGAAAUGUACAAGACUGAGGUCCCCUUAUACGGCGACUUGGUCGACGUGGUGUUUGAAGCAGAUACAAAGGCAGUACGCGACAGUCAAGAGGGAGGCUCAAAGGUCAUCAACCCAGAUGAUGUUUUACCCUCUCGACACCGAGUUGAGCGACACGGAGCCAUCCGACUGGGAACAGCACACGAGCUGAGUACGAUACGGCGCAUGUUUGCCGUGAUGGGAAUGUACCCGGUGGGUUAUUAUGAUCUAAGUCUUGCUGGCUUCCCAAUGCAUGCUACUGCUUUCCGACCGAACACUCAAGACGCCCUCUCUCAACAUCCUUUCCGUGUUUUCACGACCGUCUUGCGGGUGGAGUUGUUGACGGAAAAGACGCGGGAGUUGGCUCAACGGGCGUUGGAACGAAGAGACAUUUUCACUCCGAGACUUCUUGAGAUUUUGGAUGUGGUUGAUAAGAAUGGAACGUUGACACCAGAAGAAUGUGCCGAAUUUAUCAAGAAUGGAUUGGAGACGUUCCGGUGGCAUUCGAAAGCGACGGUCACUCUCGAUGAGUACAUGCUGCUCAAGGCUGAACAUCCAUUGAUCGCCGAUGUCGUCUCCUUCCCCAGUUCACACAUCAACCAUCUCACUCCGCGGACAAUCGAUAUCGAUUUGGUUCAGCAGCUGAUGUUGGACCAUGGCAUGCCCGCCAAAGAGCGUAUCGAAGGUCCACCGAAACGACAGUGUCCGAUUCUUCUGCGACAGACAAGUUUCAAAGCCUUGGAAGAAACAGUUUUCUUCCAAGACACAUCCGACACGUUUGUAAAAGGAUCUCAUACCGCCCGAUUUGGGGAGGUGGAACAACGCGGCUACGCAUUGACCCGCAAGGGACGACAGCUCUACGAUCAGAUCUUGGACCGAGUGAAUGCAGAGGCCGAAAAGUUGAAGCUCAAGGGCAAUGACUAUGAGCAACUUCUGCAAGACCACUUCAAAGUCUUCCCGGAUACCUUGUCAGAGCUACGCGAGCAGAACUUGGCAUACUUCUGCUAUCAGUUGACAUCGGCCGGUGAGAAGGUGGCAAGGGAUGACAUGUCUAUCUCUGAGCUUGGAACUACCGUGGUCCAUCUCCAAACUCUAUUGGACAAGAACAUUCUAAAAUACGAACCCUUGACCUAUGAGGACUUCUUGCCGUUGUCGGCAGGUGGUAUUUUCAACUCCAACCUGGGCAACGUCUCUCAGUCUAAGCAGCUCAUUAUGAGCGCAGAGCCUGAUCUUGAUGGAUUCCAGCGCUCGUUGGGGACUCUCAUUGCAGAUGAAUUCCAUCUCUAUGCUCAGAUGCAGCAGGAGUCACUCCUGCAUUGCAAGCAGCAUUUGGGAUUGGAGGAUAUCGUCGUGUAG